AUGUCGUCAACUCAGCCGUCUAAGCUGGAUAUCUCCGCCGAACAGCUGCGAUCCAUAUACACACAAUUCCAAACGAUCUUUGAUGAGAAAGUUGCUCUACACUUGCCACAGGAACAGGAUUCCGUCAAGAGCGAAGUACUGCUGCAUUUGCAGAACUUUUUGGUGGAGGCUAUGGAAACUGCCUCCAGCUCUUUGAGAGUUGUUAAUGCCACCGAAUACGCAUCCAUCACAGAGAUACUGGCUCAAUCCAGGGAGCAAUUCGUAGAGCCCUUUGAUCUGGCCCUCAACGAACAAGUGCGACAAAAAUAUCAAGAGUGGGAAGACCAGACGGUAAGGGUGGCCCAACUGCGGCGCGAAGCGCCUCGAAAACUACGCGAAGUGUAUACUUCAGAGGCCCAAGAGGUUUUGGCAGAUGCAGACAGUAUUAUAGAGAGUUUUAAGCACGACAAUAGUACUGCAAUUCCUACAGAUGACGAACUUCAACCCAGUGCCGGUUGGAACGAUCUCAAAAGCGACUACAUGGAAGCACUUGCCUAUUUGGCACAGGCCAGGAAACAACUCCCGCAAAAUCGUGCCAAGAUUCAAAAACUUGAACAGCUCGUGCUAUUUCUUGAAUCAGAGCUGGGCUCUGAUGUCUAG